AUGGGUGGCUUUUCGGGAAUUAUCCACGAAGGUGAAUUCAUCUCAAACCCUGCCAGAAACGCUCUUCCAAUUAAUAGCACUACCAGCUCCACUCCUCGAGCCCAAACACCUCGCAGAUUUGAUCUGGACCGUCCUUCCAGUCCCGACUGCUUUCACAAAUGUAGCUCUUCCAAUUGUGGUAAUUCGCUUGGCCGUGAGAGUCUGGUGGUCGAUUUCAAUCAAGUCGAGCCAGAACCGGUCCUUAGCAUGGUCCACAAUUGGUCCCAUACACAUUCCAUCCUUAGUGUCAUUGCGGCUCCUUCAAAGGGUUUAUUAAUUUGUGGAACACAGGAUUCGAAAGUGUUGAUUUUUGAUAUUGCAACGUUUUCUCUCAAAAACACCGAUAUUGGUGACUUGCAUGGUUCGGUGCUCUGCUUGACCCUCGAUCGUCACGAAAAUUUCUUGUUCAGUGCGGGACUGGAUUCCAUAGUUCGUGUGUGGGACUUGACUCCUCUUCUAGAUACAACCAAGACUCACUAUGAGAUCCCAUGUACUCAUCUUGUGUAUUCGCUAGUCGAUAUUGGAGAUAUAUUCUCCAUUACCUGGUACGAUGACUUGGAGACCUUAUUCAUUGGGCUGCAAAACGCUUCCAUCCUGUGGUGUCGCCUCCAUUUGGGCCACGAUACUCCACCAAAUGAGUUGGAGUGCAUGCCAUCCACAUUUGAUAGGCUCCCAUAUCUCAGAUUCGACAAGUUUUUCGACUCUAAGGGACCUGGAGGUUCCAUUAACCGUGUUCAAAAGGAGCACAGGCUUCAUUGUUCUCUUCAGAGUACCGUUGAGGGUCCGAUUUUGGUCGAGAUUCCCAACGAGGAUAGUAUCCGUUUCGCUCACAACGGAUACGUCUAUUGCAUGGAGUCUAUAGAUAAGCAUAAUGCUCAGGAAUUUUGCGAUUUGCGCCAACUGCGCAGUAAUGAUGUCCUAGCCUCUUGUGGAGGUGACGGGUUCAUCAAAAUUUGGGAGAUUGUUUCAGACUCGGAUUCAAAAAUACACCUCAAGCUGAUUGCUGCUCUCGAAAACGACAAUGCAAUUCUUUCAAUGCAUAUUUCCGAUUCCUCCGUAUUUGUGGGCCUCAAUGAUGCUACAAUUAAUGUUUGGGACCUUACCACUUUGCAGCUAACUCGCUCAUUCCAUUUCAUUUCUGAUCAGGGCAAAAAAGAUGAAGUCUUGUCUCUUUCAAUUGUCAAUGAUUGCAUAUACAAGGCCACCAAUAUGGGUGGUCUUUGUAAAUUUCCUUUGAAACAAGACCUCACCGACAAUGACGCCAACCGUGAUUCCUCAACUAAUUUGAUUAAUGUCAAUUUUGACAGACUUUUCACUGAAGGCGCUCAUCUAGAAGAGAGUAGCUCUGUCUUUGCAGUUCAUUCGUUCAGUUUCCGUAACUCAGUUUACCUAGUGUCCGGAGGUACUGGCUCUCUUUGUUUGUGGAAUCUUUCAUCGCAUUCAGAUCAUUCAGGAUACAUAGAGCUGCAACCUUCUUCCCGUCAUUCAGUAUCUGAAUGCUCCAAUGAUCAUCUUUUGGACUCGCUCAAGCAGUUCAUUUCUUACAAAACAAUUUCUAAGUUCCCUCAUCUAUAUUUAGAUGAAUCAAGGCGCUGUGCCAAAUUCAUGAGCAAAUUGUUCAUGAAUUUGGGGGCAGAGGAGACCAAGCUUUUGCCAGUGGCAGAUUGUAAUCCCAUUGUUUAUGCAAAAUUUGCCAGAAGCAAGAAAGACAACGAAGGCAAACCAACAAGGGUUCUUUGGUAUGGUCAUUAUGAUGUAGUUGAGGCAACUCAAGACAAGGAAUGCUGGGACACUGAUCCAUUUAGUCUUGUUUCAAAGGAGGGAAAUUUGUAUGCUCGUGGAGUCUCUGAUAACAAGGGACCAACCUUAGGUGCCAUGUACGCAGUUGCGGAGCUCUGUCGGAAGGGAGAAUUGUCAACUGAUGUGGUUUUUGUCAUUGAAGGCGAGGAAGAAAGUGGAUCAAUUGGCUUCCAAAAUCUGAUUCAUAUGCACAAGGAUCUUAUUGGGCCAAUCGACUGGAUCAUGCUAUCCAACUCAUACUGGCUUGGAGAUCAGGUUCCGUGUCUUAAUUACGGUUUGCGUGGUGUUAUACAUGCCUCUAUCAGUGUGGAGUCAAACAAGCCUGAUCGCCACUCCGGAGUGGAUGGUGGUGUUUCUCGUGAGCCUACAAUGGAUCUCAUUCACACUUUAGGCCAUCUCACAUGUCAAUCGAGCAAUAAAAUUAAGAUUCCCCAUUUCUACGAUGACGUGCUUCCUGUUGAUGAAACUGAAUUGAAUCUAUACAACAAGUUGCGAGAGUCAUUGGUGGAAAGCGAAAUCCAACAGGACGAUCUUGAUUCGCUCUUGACAAAAUGGAGAAACCCAUCUUUGACUGUGCACCGUGUGGACGUAUCAGGCCCAAAAAAUAACACUGUAAUUUCGCAGCGUGCAACAGCAUCUGUUUCGAUUCGUGUUGUUCCAAAUCAAAAACUCGAUCAGAUCAAAGAUCUGUUUACGCUGUACUUAAAUGAUAUCUUCGGAAAGAUCAACACAGAUAACACCUUGCAUAUCAACAUCUUCCACGAAGCAGAACCAUGGCUAGGAGAUCCAACAAACUUAGUAUACCAAGUUCUUUUUGAGAAAAUGAAGAGUAAUUGGGGUCCCGACGUUCCUGAGCCAUUGUUUAUCAGAGAAGGAGGAUCAAUUCCUUCCAUUAGAUUUUUAGAGAAAGAAUUCGGAGCUCCAGCAGCACAAAUACCGUGUGGCCAAGGCAGCGACGGUGCGCAUUUGAAAAAUGAAAAACUCCGCAUCAUUAAUUUAUUCAUGCUCAGAAGUAUUUUGGAGGACACUUUCCGGGAACUUGGAUUGAAAUGA